CAUUCACCGCCAUUCUCCUUUCUGUUAAAUGACAUUGCCUAUUAGAACCGUGCAAGGGCAUUGUUUCGACCACCGUCAUCUCUCAUUCUCAGGAUUUAGUCAUAAGCAAGAAGUGGACAACAAUGGAAAGCUGUAUUGGCACUUCACCUCUAUUGUUACCAGUUAGUUGUAAAAGAAGUCAGUCUCAAGCACAUGUUAAGCAUAAUGGACCAAACAUAGUUGGGAUGCAACCCUUACCAUAUAACGUCAGAAAAGGAGAACUUCAGAUUGCUAUAUUUCAAAGGCCAUCACCUCGUAUCAGAUGUGCUGCUGCUUUGAAUGCUACAUGUACUGCUGCUGGUGCAACCCAAACGGUAGCACGCAAUGCUCGGACAAUUACUGUUAUUCCUGACAAAGUGAAGUCCCCUAAAAUUGAUGACAAUGGACCUGGAUUUCCACCUCGUGACGAUGAUGGCAAUGGUGGUAACGGAGGAGGUGGCGGUAAGUGGUCAGGUGGACUCGUCCUUCUGGGUAUUCUUGGUGUCCUAGACAUUCUAAAGGACAUAGAGGGUGAAUGGCAACGCAAGGAUAAAAGAUUUCAUCGAGCUUGAAAAUUAGGCUUUGUAUGUGAUAGUGAAAUUAUUUUACAAAUGCUUGAACUAGAACCUAGGAUUAUCAGUCAUAAGUAUGCUUUUAAAUUUGUUCAUCAAAGUCAGUGAUAAGUUAAUGUAUAAGUCAGCAACAAAAUCAUUUUGCUGCAAUUUCAAACAUCAUAUUUAACAGAGGGCAUGAUCAUUUUACAAUGGUGUAAGAAUAAUAAGUCUUACAUCAAAUCUUAAUCAUUGAUUUUCUGCAUCUAAUGGUUAAGAUUUAUUAGGUCUCACUCAUUAAUUAAUUUGUAUUUCUCAAUAAAUCCCAACCAUUGGAUGAACGGAAAUCAACGGUUAAAAGAUUUGGUGUAAGAUUUAUUAUUCUUACACCGGUGUAAGUUGAUCUUAUCCCUUUACACAAUAUAUCACAUAAUACAAAUGGUAUCUUCUGUCGCAUCAGACAUAAAAUUAGUUGUAAGAGUCCCAAGUUUAUCA